AUGGCUGAGCAGGCAGCCCGCGAUCCAGCGGAAGUGCGGAAGCAGAAGGAGCUGGUGCCUCCGUGGAUGAAAGAUGGUGAGCCGGAGGUGCCUACACCUCGGCCAGCGGCGCGAACGCCGCAGCCGCCGGCACCGCCGGCCAACAGCCUCUGGGUGCAGCACCUCAUGGAGCGGCGCGAAGCGCAGGAGGCGGCCCUGGGUCCCAAGGUGGACUACCCGAAGCCUCUCAUCAAGCUGCGUGGGCGGACUCCGCUGACGCCGGGUGCCGACCAGUCCCAAGAAUGGAGCCGCGAGGCUAGGGAUGUGGAGCAGAAGGCCCUCGUUCGCCUGCUGCAUGGCCUCAAGGAUCGCUUGCGACAUGAGACGGAGCGGACGAAGUGCGUGGAGGCCAGGCUGGCCAACCAUUCAAGCCGGCAGCGCUCAGCGACACCCCUGCAUGUUCCCGCGUCCGUGGCGUCCAAGCGCUUUGAUCAGCUCGGCGCAAACUCCAAAGCUAUGAGCAUGGCCAGGGCGAAGUCCUGCGGCUGGUAUCCAAGCCAAGCGGCUGGCUUCGUUCCGGCGGACCUGGCUUCCAGGCCACCGAGAGUGCCCCCAAAGAGGACGGACAGGCUGCUGGCAUAUCCAUAUGCCAUUGCCGACAUUGCCGGUGCGACCGCUUGA